GAAGAAAGCAGAGGGGAUAAAAAAAAGAAGCAAACUCCCCAAAGAAAUAAAGGUGAGCCUUAAAGACAGUUCAGAUUAAAGCCAUAUAUAGCAAUUAUCAAGCGAUAGCACUCUUGUAAGUAAUUCCAGCUAAACCCCAUAUUUUAGCUCCCUAAGAUUUAGAAGCCAUCCUUUUUUAAAACCAUCACUUCCAUGUUGUGACAGAGAUUAAGGGCAAAGAUUUUCCAGCUGUCAAAUGGGUUUCCCGAGCAAAUCCCAUAUCUGUUUGGUUUCCAUCACAAUCCUUUUGGGGCACUUCUCUCAUGUUUCAACAGCUGCAGAUUACACCAACUUGGUGUUCAAGGGCUGUGCUGACCAGAAAUUUCAAGAUCCAUCUGGGGUUUACUCACAAAACCUGGAAACUCUCAUGCAAACUCUGGUUUCACAAUCAUCACAUACAACUUUCUCCACUGCUACUUCUGGUGGGGGUGCGAAUGAAAUCAGUGGCCUUUAUCAAUGCAGAGGAGACCUAACGACGAGCCACUGUUACGGUUGUGUGAGCAAGAUCCCGGAACUGAGCGAUAAGCUUUGUGGCGGAGCAGUAGCUGCCAGGGUUCAGUUGAGCGGGUGUUAUCUAAGGUACGAGGUUGCCGGGUUUAAACAGGUUCCUGGAACUCAGUUUCUGUACAAGGUUUGUGGGUCGUCAUCAUCUCAGGCAAGUAGUAGGAGAACCGAGUUCGAGAGCAAAAGAGACACGGCUUUCAACAUGGCGGAAGAAGGGGUAAAAAGUGGUAGCAGCUUGUUUUACACAGGGGACUAUAAAUCUGUGUAUGUUUUGGGUCAGUGCGAGGGCGAUUUGGCUACAAAUGACUGUGGGGAUUGCGUCAAGACGGCUUUUGAGACGGAGAAACAGGAUUGUGGCGACUCGGUUUCAGCUCAGGUUUAUCUGCACAAAUGCUACAUUAGUUACAGCUACUAUCCCAAUGGAAUUCCAACCAUAUCGUCAGGGAGUGGAGAGGCAAGGCAACGAGCACAAAAGACGGUAGCAAUCGCAGUCGGAGGAGUAGCCGGUUUAGGGUUCAUCGUUGUUUGUUUGAUGUUUCUGAAAUCAGUGUGCAAGAGACGAAGUAAGAAACAUGAAGGCUAUUGAGGUCCUUAGAAACGAAAUGGGGUGGCUCCAAUAUUCUAGAAAGAGAGGAGCUUUCUACAAAGAUGAUACCACUGACCUUUUAACUUGAGGUUGUUUUGUAACAUCCAAUUAUAGAAGGCUAAUAGUGUGAUUACAAAAAAUUUCCCCUUUGCUCUUAUCAAUGUAUAUACGC